UCUUGCACGAAAACAAGUCGAGGGGGUAGGAUGUGGCUGUCAAGGAACUAGAAUGAAAAUAAAACGAAAGUUUAAAGCUUGACAGAUAUCUUCACAUAGCAGACCAAACUGCUGACAGGAAAUAAAAGUCCCGAGUGCUUGUGGUAUCAGUGGAUAUUUUUUUAACCAAUGAGAGAACUCUCUACUUCAAGGAGAACCCCAGUCACUUCCCUCUCAGUGUCUGUUGCCACCAUUGGCACAGGUCUCUUGCCUGGUCACAGUGACGUUGGAGAAGAUCCGAAGGAAUCUUCCAAAAUACAAGCCCCCACAAGGAAACCAGGGCAGCUGAAUAGGACUGUAUGCUCUCCCACUGCUGCACGUGGGACCUCUUACUAUGAAAUAUGGACCAAGGUGCAGUUGACAGUCCUGUCACCCUAGUCAUCAAGGCACCCAACCAGAAGUAUGACGAUCAGACCAUAAACUGUUUCUUGAACUGGACGGUUGAGAAGCUGAAAGCGCACCUCUCCAAUGUAUAUCCUAGCAAACCGUCAUCAAAGGAUCAGAGACUGGUGUAUUCUGGACGGCUUCUCCUGGAUCACCUGCAGCUCAGAGACGUCCUAAGAAAGCAAGAUGAGUAUCACAUGGUUCACCUGGUAUGUGCGUCCCGGAGCCCUCCAGGGUCCCCCCGUCCCCACGGCAGUGUUCGAACACAUGUGACCUCUGACCCCGAGCCUUCAAGUUCAGACAGCACGGACUCCUCAUCCUCAGCCCCGCCCAGCCCAGACAGCCAACCGGCCUCCACAGCAGAGAGCUCUGAUGGGCUGAGGCACCGAGGAGGCCACACCCAUCACCCAACCUCCCCCGGCUUCAUGCAAGGGCACUUGGGGAACCAGCUCCCCCUGCAGGGAGGCAUGCCUGCAGGGUUCCCUGCCUACCCCAUGUACAACCCCAUGCAGGUGCUGUGGUGGCAGCAGAUGUACGCACGGCACUACUAUAUGCAGUAUCAAGCAGCACUAGCCUCCAGCAGCACUCCGAGCCCAACCCUCCCCUCCGCCCACUUCCCGCCUCCGUCACCAUCCCCAUCCCACCAGCAGCCUCCCCUGCCCAACGAACCACCCCCCGGGGGACCUAACCCUGCCCCUGCCCCAGCCCAAGAGGAGCACCCUGUCAACGCCAACAUCCAGAUGAACGCCCAGGGCGGCGCUGUGCUGAACGAGGACGAGCUGAACCGGGACUGGCUGGACUGGAUGUACACCGUCUCCCGCGCCGCCAUCUUGCUCAGCAUAGUCUACUUCUACUCCUCCUUCAGCCGCUUCAUCAUGGUGAUAGGCGCCAUGCUGCUGGUCUACCUGCACCAAGCUGGAUGGUUCCCCUUCCGGGCAGACCUUCAGAAUCCCGGUGGCGGAGAGGGCAACCCCGAUGACCUGGAUGCAGACCGUCGCAACGACAUGCAGGAAAUGGAGCGCAUCAUGGAUGAGGGGCUGGAGGACGACGAUGGCGACAGUGGAGAGGAUGGUCCAGGAGACAAUGCGGCUGCCAACUACCCGGGCUUUCUGGCCUCUACCUGGUCCUUCAUCACCACCUUCUUCACCUCACUAAUUCCCGAGGGGCCCCCCCAGCCUCCUAACUGAAGAAGGGGGGAUAGGAGACGCACAAGAUGCCAAUAACAUGCUCAUGAGACAAGAAGCAGCAAAAAGAACAUAAUCUCUAGGCUCUCUUUGUGAUAAAUUAACUAUGCCUUGUCAGUGAAAGGCCAUAUUUUUCUUUAAUCUUGACUGGACAUUAAAUGUUCCUCAAAAACAGUGGCAGGAGGAACAGAUAUGGAUUAAAGUCCUUGUCUUCCAGUUUAAAAUGUGAAUCAGGCAGUCAUAGUUUGAUUAGAGAAAACACACCAAAAAAGACUGAGGAACACACACCGAGAGCUUUGUUGUGUAAUGUGUGUGUGCGUGUGUGUGUAAGCGAUUCAGUGAACUGAGUAUAUUUUUCUUCCUCGGUGUGUUUAGAUAAAAGUAUCUAUCUACUUAUAUAAAUAUAUACAUCUCAAGACGUAAUGA